AUGCCUUCUGGUCCAAUGUCAUGGAAAAGAACAUCAAACCGCCCAACAAACAAGUUCUCGCAAGAAAACAUUGACUAUUGCCAAGACUUUUUAACUUAUUUGUCUACCGUGGAUCCUUACCGCAUCAAGUGUUUUGAUGAAGCAGGGUUCAAAUUGCCGGACGUAGCAAAUCCGCACUACGGACACUCGAAUGUUGGGGUUCCGUGCAUUGAAAUAGAACGCUAUAUUGACUCACCAAACGUUACCCUGAUGCUUCUUGCAGGCAUGGAGGGAGUAUUGUAUGCCAACACGACAGAGGGAGCCACUACUACUUUGGACUUUCUUGACUUUUUUGGUGAAGCGUCAAACAGUUUUCUUGAGAAUGGCGAACCUGUACUGCGAUAUGGUGAUCACAUACUCCUAGAUAACCAUGCUACUCAUCAUAACGCAGGAGGAUAUGCUUUAGGGCACCGGAUGGACCAGCAUGGCAUUAAGAUCGUUUAUUUGCCUACUUAUAGUCCAGAAUUUAAUCCUGUUGAACUAGCAUUUAACAAGAUGAAGAAAGCUGCUAAGCGCGAAGAGAAUCGUUGCACCUUCCAUCGAAACAUUCAUGUUGGAAUCUACGAGUGUAUCGAUGGCAUAACAGAAUCGGAUAUGAGAGCAUUUUACCGCAACACUGGAUACAUUUAUGUUUGA